AUGGGUGUUGGUAAAAUCCUCAUUUGUAACCGUACCCGUGAACGGGCUGAAACUUUGGCUCAAGAAAUAGCCCAUCGUGUAGAUGUUGAAAUCAUUGAGUUUGAUCAGUUGGCUAAUAACUUAGCGCGUGCAGAUGUCAUUUCCAGUUGUACCGGUAGUUUACAUCAAGUGAUUCAUUAUCCAGAUGUAAAAGCUGCCUUAAAAAAGCGUCGUUAUCAACAAAUGUUGAUGGUGGAUUUGGCUGUUCCGCGUGAUAUCGACCCGAAAGUGGAAAGUUUGGAUGGCGUCUAUUUAUAUGGCGUAGAUGACUUGCAGUCGGUGAUUGAUGAAAACCUUGCUCAGCGUCGUCAGGCGGCGGUUGAAGCAGAGGUGAUGGUCAACCAAUUAGCAACGGAGUUGGUGACCCAGCAGAAGGUUAAUCUGGCGGGUGAAACCAUUCAUGCUUACCGUCAGCAAGGUGAACAGUUAAGACAAGAAGAAUUAGAUCUAGCGCUGGCACGGAUUGAGAAAGGAGAACAGGCGGAACGGCGAAAGGGCAUAUUCACUGGCCAGUUUAUCCGCCAGUUCUGGUGUUUUAGUUAG